GAACGAUUUCGGAAGUCUCCAACAGUAUCAAACUGAACAAAAACACAUUCAAAACAAAGCACAAAUUGAACCACAGAGAGAGAGAGAGAGACUCCAUUGUUGAAGUGUGUUCUUUGAACUCCUCAAGCUUUUUUCUUUCAAACAACAAUGGAGUCAGUUACACUCAAAUCCUUCACCGGACUUCGUCAAUCUUCAACGGAGCAAACAACUUCGAUGAUAGUCUCAUGUACCGUCAACUGUAAGCCUUGUGGUGGCCCGAUUCCUCUCUGGAUGUAUCAUCCCGAGAACUGGGACUCGCCGUACACUCUGCAUUACACGGAGUAUGAUGGUAAAACAGGAGCUACGGGAACAAAGAAGACAAUGGAGUGCGACCAUGUAGCCGUUGGAACUGGAACUGUGACUCACAAAGGUGACAUCAAGAAAUUCCAGCUCGCUACUCGUAACAGAGCCAAAGACAAGAUUUUGGGAGGCAAGAUCACCCAUGUUGAGGCUCAUCCGGUUCCUGAACACCCGAGACCAUGCAGGCUCUCCCAAAGAGUGGCUCAUGUAGGUGUUGCUGCAGGGUAUGUGACUAAAUUCUCUGGUGAAGGGAUCUAUUUUGCUGCUAAGAACGGAAGAAUGUGUGCUGAAACCACUGUUGAAGGUUCACAGAAUGUUAAGAAGAUGAUUGAUGAAGGGGACUUGAGAAAAUACGUACAGGGUGCUUGAUUUAUUGCAGAAAAGUGUUUUACAGAUCGAAUCCGGCUAGAGAAGCGUUUGUGGAGAAGCGUAUGUUCAGAAGAUGACAUUUGAUAGUUAUCUGUACAAGAGGGUUGCACCAGGUAGUCCUUUGGAACAUAUCAAGUUGGCUGUGAACACCAUUGGGAGUUUGGUCAGAGCUAAUGUUCCAAGGAGAGAGACUGAGAAGCUUAAUAUUGAGGUCUACCCUUCUCUUCCUAAUCUCUCUUUUUGUUUCUUUGUUAGUAUCUACAGUACACUAAUGUUGUUGCUCUUCGAGGUGGUAUUCAGUAUC